GUGGGCUGAGGACGAUCGGCCAACUCCCCGCGAGGCGGAUCCGCCAUUUCGCCGCGAGGCGGAGCUGCUGAGGCUGAGGCGGUCUCGCCAAUGUCCCCCUGAGGCGGAGCCGCUGUGGCCGUGAGGCGGGGCCGCCCUUGCGGCUCGGCCGGAGCGAUGUGGGCGGCGCUGGGCAGGCUCGGCGUGGCGCAGGCCGUGGGCCCGGCCCGGUUGAUCGCUGUGCGCCCCGCGGCCGCAGGAGCCUUCUCCAUACCCCACGUUACCAUGGCCACCCACUUCUCCAAGGAUCAGGAGGAGAGAAUCAGGUGUGUGAAGGGGGAUCUGUUCUCGUGCCCGGGCACGGACGCCCUGGCUCACUGCAUCAGCGAGGAUUGCCGCAUGGGCGCCGGCAUCGCCGUGCUCUUCAAGAAGAAGUUUGGAGGCGUCCAGGAGCUCCUGGAUCAGAAGAAGAAGACGGGGGAGGUGGCGGUUCUGCAGAGAGAUGACCGCUACAUUUACUACCUGAUUACAAAGCAGAAGGUUUCUCACAAGCCCACCUAUGAGAGCAUGCAGAAGAGUUUGGAAGCCAUGAAAGCUCACUGCCUGAACAACGGAGUCACCGACAUCUCCAUGCCCAGGAUCGGAUGUGGACUCGAUGGCCUGCAGUGGGAAAAGGUGUCAGCCAUCCUUGAGGAAGUGUUUGAGAACACUGACAUCAAGAUCACAGUGUACAGCCUGUGAGCAGAACAAAGAUCCCCAUUUCCCCCAAAUUUGGGAGCAGAACCUAUGAACUGACAAGGGGGGACCUGUGUGUGGAGCACGUUCUGCAUUCGGGUGUCACUCACUCGUGUGACAGUGACAGCAUCAAGCCCCAGAGAAGUUCAUUUGGGCUGUUAAUUAGGAGGCAGCGGCGCCGUGAAAAGCCUGGGGGAGCUCCCAGUGUGUCCCUGCAGCCACCAGGUGUCACUGGGGCUCCACGCAGUGGAACGGAGCCGCUGCCUCGUGGGGGCUCGGGGUUUCUCUUCGGGUUGGUGCUGCCCGGGGCAGCGCUGGCACCUCUGCUUUGUUCUUUUUGCGAUGCCCUUCCUGGCUCUGGGGUCACUCAGCUCUUCUCACACGUGGAACGGUUUCAUUUCUCCCUUCCGGCCACAAAUUGGGUUUGCUGGGAUUGUGCUCACUCAGGAUCAUGGUGUGAUGUGAAAUAAACAGUGCCCUGCUGUUGGA